AUGCCCUCCAAGAGAAAGUGCCUCGGAGUCGACUGUCACAAUGAAGCCGAAGCCUUACAGUGUCCGACUUGUCUGAAGUUGGGCAUGAAAGACAGCUACUUCUGCUCCCAAGAUUGCUUCAAGAAGAACUGGGCCGAACACAAGACCGUCCACAAAACGGCUCAAGGUAAGACACAGAAUGGUGAUCUCCGUCUAAUGAUCCACUCAAAGAUUGUCACUGAACCCGAUCCAGCUACUGGGCUUUAUAAUCCUUUCCCCACCUACUCCUUUACCGGGUCGGUUCGACCGGUCUAUCCACUGUCUCCGAUGCGCACCCUUCCGACGUCGAUCAAACGCCCGGACUGGUCUGAGACCGGCAUCCCGAAAGGGGAGCGGCGCUUGCACCGGUCGAAGAUUGAUAUUCUCGACGCCAAGGGGCAGGAGGCAAUGCGCAAAGUGUGUCGCUUAGCUCGGGAGGUACUGGAUAUCACCGCCGCGGAGGUCCGGCCAGGCAUUACCACGGACUACCUGGACGAGGUCUGUCACAAGGCUUGUAUCGAACGGAAUGUAGGUGCCACUUGCACCCUGGCCUACCCUUCGCCUUUGAAUUAUAAUCAUUUCCCCAAAUCGCUUUGUACGUCUCCUAACGAGGUAGUUUGUCAUGGCAUUCCGGAUCAGCGGAUUCUUCUCGAUGGUGAUAUUUUGAACCUCGACAUAUCAAUAUAUCACGGUGGUUACCACGCUGACGUGAACGAAACGUAUUACGUGGGUGAUCGAGCCAAGGCGGAUCCUGACUCGGUCCGAGUGGUGGAAACGACCAGAGAGUGCUUGGAUAUGGCAAUCGAGCUCGUAAAGCCUGGCACCCUCCUCCGAGACUUUGGCAAGGUCAUUGAGAAGCAUGCCAAGUCCCGAAACUGUAGCGUCCACACGACCUGGGGUGGCCAUGGUAUCAACACCGAAUUCCACCCCCCGCCCUGGAUCCCUCAUUAUGCCAACAGUAAGGUGCCCGGAGUGUGCAAACCGGGGAUGACAUUCACAAUCGAACCCAUUCUGACGCUUGGCAAACCGCGGGAAAUCUAUUGGCCCGAUGACUGGACAAAUGUGACGGUGGAUGGCAAACGGACGGCUCAGUUUGAACACACCUUGCUGGUCACAGAAACCGGGGUCGAGGUCUUGACUGCGAGACUGGAGGAUUCUCCAGGAGGACCGAUUCCCAUCCCCACGACCGACAACGGUAACAGCGCAUAG